AUGCCUGCAGUGCCUACCUCGCGAUGUUUCAGUUGGAAUGAUAACUUGAUUUGCUUCUCAGGACCACCAGUGCAACCCCAAGAACCUCAAGCCUUACUGCCAGAAGACGAAAUGAAUGACGCAUGGAUGAUGGAAGACCAUCCUGGGCCAGAAGAUGGGGAUACUGGUGUAAAGGCUGAUGAUGGGGAAGAAGUGGUGGUGUUACAGGCAUCUGUAACACCUACAGGAGCCCCAGCUCUGCCUACACCAGCCCCCGCUCUGCUAGACUCCCGACGCAGCGGAACACCGCCUGCACUUAGAAAGACAGCAGUCUGGACCGCUGUGACGCCGCCCCUGGUGGUUUAUGUUGGUGCGGCAAAGACCUGGGGUAGAGGAACUGCGUUCAUGAAGCAGUUCAAGUCUGACACUUACACUGAGGAGAGGGUGAGCAAUCCAUAUUUUCCAUUCGCUGGAAAACAAGACUGGGAGAUGGCAGCAUUCCUUCUUUGGUCGGACCUCAGCAUGGCAGACAUUGACGAGUUCCUCAAGCUUGAAUUUAACAGAAAACUACUACUUUCAUUUCACUCUUCAAGAGAGCUCAGAGGAUGCGCUGAAAUGCUGCCAUCUCCACCUCAAUGGAAACAUCAAAUAGUCCCUACGGAGUUCCUGACGACAAAGACCCUCCAGAUAUUUUACCAGGAUCCAAUUGAGUGCCUUCAGUCGCUUCUUAGCCACCCCAUGUUGGCCGAUAGUUUUGAUUUCAUCCCAUGCAAAGUCUAUGCUGAGGCAGAACAUGCCGUUCAUGUUUACUAUGGUUUCAUGACUGGUGACCAUGCUUGGGAACUUCAGGAAGAUUUGCCUGAUGGCAUGACCCUACUUGGUGUGGUCCUCUCCUCAGACAAGACCAAGGUCAGCAACCUUGCUGGCAACUGCUAUGCCCAUCCACUCCUCAUCACUCUUGCCAAUAUCGACCCUGAUGUACAUGCUAAAGGAUCCCUCUUGCUCUACUUCCUGUUGCAAAGUUUAUCCAUAGGGUUAAACACAUGCAUGCAAGCUGCACACCUGGGCAUCAUGAUGAGUGAUCCAGCGGGGUUCAGUAGAUAUUGUUUCACACCCCUUGUUGCGUAUGUAGCCAAUACUCCAGAGGAGCUCGUCAUCGCAUGCAUAACCAUGAAUGCAUCACCCGUCACUAUGGCUACAUGUACCAACUUUGGGGAUCCAGACUGUCACCCUCUUCGUAAAAGCUCCUCUACGCUUGCUAAUAUUCAAAAAGUUGUCGCCUUUGUCUUGCCAUCUGACCUUGUGGCAUUUUUCGAGGAGUGCAAGCAAUACCAUUUGAAUGGUAUCCAAUGGCCAUUCUGGAUGGAUUGGGUCACCGCGGAUCCUUCUUCUUUCCUGACGUCGGAGUCGCUCCAUCAUUUUCACAAAAUGUUCUUUGACCAUGACUGUGCCUGGUGUAUUGACGUAGUCAGUGCCAAAGAGAUUGACUUUCGUUUUUCCUUACUCCAGAUGUGUACCAGGUAUCAUACUUUCAAAGAAGGGAUCUCCAAUUUGAAGCAGACUUUGGGUCAAGACCAUCGCAACAUCCAGCAUUAUAUUGUUGGCGUUAUCGCUGGUGCUGCUCCCACCCAAUUCAUAACGGCCAUCCAGACCCUUCUUGAAUUCAGAUAUCUUGCCCAAGCUCCACAAUUUUCCGAUAAAAUGCUAAUGGAGUUGGAUAACUGUCUUCAACUCUUCCACGAACAUAAACAGGGCAUUGUCGAUGCAGGUGCCUGGAGAGGGAAGGAUGGCGAGUUUAAAUCAUGGGUAAUUCCCAAAUUAGAAUUGCUGCAAGGGGUGGUGCCAAGUAUCCAGUUGCUUGGCAUACUCACGCAGUGGUCUGCAGAUCCGACCAAACACGCACAUAUUGCCAUUGUGAAGGUGCCUGCAAGAGCUGGAAACAAUCAUGACUAUGAUGCGCAAGUGUGUCGCCACCUUGACUGUCGUGAUAAAGUAGAUCGCUUUGAUCUUGCGCUUCACAUAUGCGAACAGGAAGAAUGUGCUAUUGAUGAUGAAAGCGAUGAUGAGGACAUCGAUAGCAGGACGGUCCAAUGUUCCAUCAAGGACUAUUUUUCACGUGCCCAUGAACUCAUCAAUGGCGAUCAUCCAGAGGCACCCUAUCCCUAUCGCACGUUCUCAACCUCUGUUGCAGCUUACCAUCUUAGCUAUAGACCCACCCUCACAAAGAUGACUGUUGAUACAGUUGCCGACCAGUUCUUGCUUCCUGACCUUUGCCCUGCAAUAUCCGAUUAUCUAGACUGUAUUGAGGCACACGAUGACUUCCCCAUUGGCAGCAGGCGCUGA